AUGUCGAAAGACGAGCUUGAGCUUAAUGUCGGGAAUCUCCUCCGCGAUGAAUCGUCGUCGAAUUACCGCAGGCGCGACAAUUAUGACGACGACGCGGUCUUGCGACGGCUGGGAAAGCGGCCGGUGCUAACUCGAAGUUUUGGAUUUAUGUCAAUUCUCGGUUUCUCCUGUUCUGCAUUAUGUUCCUGGGAAAGCAUUCUCUUGACAAGUGUCCCCGGCCUUAUCAUAGGCGGACCAUCCGGUCUCGUAUGGGGGCUUGUCGUCAAUUGGAUUGGAGUUAUUUCCUUGUAUGCGACAUUAGCUGAAUUGGCUUCGACAGCACCGACUGCUGGUGGACAAUACCACUGGGUUUCGAUGUUGGGUCCAAAGUCAUGUUCAACUUUUUUAUCAUACAUGACCGCCUGGCUUACGACAUUAGCAUGGCAAGCAAUUUCUGUCAUGUGCAGUUACCUCCUCGCAACUCUUCUACAAGGCAUCAUCGUCCUAGCUCAUCCAACAUAUGUGCCGCUAGCAUGGCACACCGUCCUGAUGAUAUGGGCAUUCGCUCUAAUUACCACUCUCAUAAAUUCCACCACGAGUCGAAUCCUGGCGAAGUUGGAGGCUUUCAUUCUUAUCCUCCACUUGACUGGCUUCUUCGGUGUUUUGGUUCCAAUGGUAUAUUUUGCGCCCCAUAACGAACCGAGCUUUGUCUUUACCACGUUUCUCAAUAAUGGGAACUGGCCUACGCAAACAAUGGCCUUCUUUGUUGGUUUCCCGACACUUGCUACAGCUAUAGUCGGAGCCGAUUGUGCGGUCCACAUGUCCGAAGAGAUCCAAUCAGCCCCCUUAGUCGUGCCUCGAGCGUUGAUGUAUACGGUUCUCAUCAAUGGAGCCCUUGCGUUAGGAAUGGCUAUCGCUAUGAUAUUCUGCAUAACCGAUUUAGAUGCAGCAAUGGCUGCCGUGGAAACCAUGUUCUACCCAUUCUUACAGAUAGCCGAUGCUGCCGUUAAGUCGACCACUGGUGCUUGCCUCAUGGCGGGUGUUAUCUUCGCCUUGACAGUAGCCGGUAGCAUCGGUAUAUAUGCCUCGACGGCCCGCAUGCUCUGGUCCUUUUCUCGGGAUAAGGGGCUCCCGUUUUCAAACCAGCUAGUAAAGCUAUCCAAGAACACCCUCCCGACGAACGCAAUCUUUACUACCUUCGUGAUCACCGUGCUUUUGUCACUAAUUGCAUUCGGAUCCGCCGUCGCCCUCCAAGCGUUAUGCUCCUUGUCGGUGGCCGCUCUAUUCGCUUCUUACAUGAUUCCCUGCGGUCUCCUUCUUUGGCGCCGUACUACGGGGAGGAUGCUGCCCUAUGUAGGAGAGACAGAUGAUCCUGACCCGGAAGUGACCUGGGGACCUUGGCGAAUUCCCGAACCACUGGGAACGAUCAACAAUAUAUUCGCUAUCAUAUAUAAUGUGGUAACGCUGUUUUGGUCCUUCUGGCCCCAGACGAAUUAUCCGACUGCUGAGACGACCAACUGGAGCGUCCUGCCCUUCUGCGUGGUUAUUAUAUUCUCAAUUGUUUGGUAUCCGCUCCGGGCGAAGAAACACUAUAAAGGUCCUAUUAGAGAGGUCUAA